AUGUCAGCGACAGCCGGUAAUACCGAUUCUGGAUUAAGUGGACAACCUAGUGGUGAUAUUGACAAACAAAAAGGUCCUGCAAGUGGUAGCAAUGCUGAAUCAGCAGGUGGUACUCUUGGUACAGCAACAACAUCUGUAAAAGGUGAAAGUUCCUCAUCAAAUCAAGAAUUGCCUGGUCAAAGUGGCUUAAAAGAAAAUAAAGGUGAUAAGGCUUAA